AUGGCGCCCUCACGUUCUGGCACGCUCCGAUCUAAAUCCUCCAGUGUGAGAACUGCAAACCGACCACACCUUCACUCACAACCCAACACGCCCGUGGAUGAAUUGAUCGCGUUCCCCUACGAACAAACCUUAGCUGCUAAGAAGCCACUGGCAGUCACAGUCCCACCACCACGCGCGCCGCCCUCCGAUACACAUCCCGCCUUGAGAGUUCGUCCACACGCGAGUUGGGAGGACGACAAGAAGAGAGAUUCAGGCCUGGCGCCAACAACCAGUUCAAAGGCCAGGGAAGGAUCCGUGAAUACGGUGGAGGAGAAUGUGCCGGGAGUACCCAUAAACUUUAAUUCACCACCGCCUGUGCCUACGCUUACAAGUAAAAUGUCACUUCCCGCUGAAGAUGCCCCCAACGCGCCGAUCCCUCCUAUCACGCCAACCGCGUCUCGCGAGCCAAAGAGUCCGACUUCUGUACAGAGCUUUUGGAAGAAGGCCAAAAGCGUCAGGAGCGUUCGGUCGCCAGCUACACCAGCAUCUCCUGCCUCACAAUCGGCCGAGGGCCUGUCGCUCAUUACUACGUCUAUCCCAACUGAAAGUCUCCUGGAAGAGGGUUUCUUGAGUCAAUUGUCUUUCUCCAAGCGUGGGAGUGUGAUGCUAGGAGGGAAGAAAGCUGUGAAUGGACAUUUACGACCCAAUGGUGGCAGAAGGUUAGAUGCGACCAAAGACCUCAAGCGCAACUCUACUAAGUACAGACACAGACAACCCAGUAUCUCAAUGUUGGCUACGCCGACAAUCAAAAUCUUGCCAGAAGAUGUAGAAAAGGAGUCGCAGAAGGUCCGAUCCAUGUAUGAGAAGCCAACGAAUUUCGACUGGAACCAGGGGGCAAGUUCACCAAACUCACCAGUUUCUGGCAAACAACCGACUGGCCACCAAGAAAAUCUCAAGAAAGGCUCGCCUGCAGGGUAUAUUUCUAUUGACAAACAUCCAAAAAGGGACUUGCUAAAUCAGAAUAGAUCAAGUCGCCUUUUGGCUUCUCCAGAUAUCAAGGCUCUUUACCAACAAGAUGCCAAUAGCAACCAUUCUUUCCAAAGCGAGGCGGAUCGUGAGAAACGGGAACAGGAACGCGAAUAUGAGCGCGCGGGAGGAAUCGAGAACUGGGAGGACGUCGACGAAGGGGAUGUGGAUAGAUAUGGAUUCAUAAACUUGCGUAGACGACCGGGCACACCCGAACCUAGACCAGUUCAGAGAGUCUCCACGCUCUUGAUGCUUGCAUCGGAAACACCACGACAAAAGCGAUUUGGAAGAUCCCCAUCUGCUGCUACUUCUGCACGAUCGCGAUUUGGCCGGGCUCCAAGUAGACGAGUGUCCGGUCGAUCUGUUAAAACACAAGGUUCGGUAGGUUCCAACAAGAGUACUGGUCGUGCUCAACUUAGAGCUGCUGCAAAUCGAUUACCUGGUAAUCGAGAUAGACGAUGGAUGGAUGAGGCUGGAGAUAUGCUUACUCUACCUCCUGGACUUGCCGAUAUCGCUGAAGACGAGGAAGGUGGAAAGGCCGUGGCAAUGCUCAAAAAGAAGGAAAUGCGACGAGCGGAAAAAUGGAGAAAGAUGGCCAAGAUUAUCAAGCGUGGUAAAGAUGGUCAUGGAAUGGAAUUCGAAUUCAACACUUCAAGCCCCAAACUCAUCGAGAGAACUUGGAAAGGUAUCCCUGAUGUUUGGCGAGGACCAGCUUGGCUUUCUUUUUUGACUACUUCUGCGAAGAAGCGAUCGGAUUAUGUGCCUGAUGAAGAUAUCAAGAUGGCUUUUCACAGAUUACAACAAGAUAGUUCGGUGGAUGAUGUACAAAUUGACAUUGAUGUUCCUCGAACCAUCAAUAGUCACAUCAUGUUCAGAAGACGAUAUCGUGGCGGUCAACGUCUACUCUUUCGAGUCCUCCACGCUGUGUCCUUGUACUUCCCGGAGACUGGAUAUGUUCAAGGCAUGGCUUCAUUAGCUGCGACCUUGCUUUGUUACUACGAUGAGGACACGGCUUUUGUGAUGAUGGUGAGAAUGUGGAAGUUGCGAGGAUUGGCGAAAUUAUAUGAACCCGGAUUUCCGGGCUUGAUGGCUGCUCUAGAUGAGUUCAAAUCUGAUUGGCUCAAAGGACGUGAGGUCUCUGAGAAAAUGGUAUGUUUUCUUUGCCUUGUGACCUUCAAAUAUAUAUAAACUAACACUUAUCAACAGGAUGAUCUCACAAUUGAAGCAACUGCCUACGGCACCCGCUGGUACCUGACCCUCUUCAACUACUCCAUCCCCUUCCCUGCUCAACUCCGAGUCUGGGAUAUCUUCAUGCUCCUUGGCGACUCUGAUCCAUCCAUUGCACCAACCAAGGAACGACCCUUCGCAGGUGGUCUCGAUAUCAUCCACGCCACCAGCGCAGCUCUUAUCGAUGGAACGCGUGAAAUCCUCCUAGAUUCCGAUUUUGAGAAUGGGAUGAAGGUUCUUACUAGUUGGAUACCCGUCAAAGACGAGGAGCUUUUGAUGCGAGUCACAAAGGCGGAAUGGAAGUUGCAUCGUGGAGGCAAGAGAAGAAGUUGAAGACUGAAGCAACAUUUCCGAGGGAGUGAUGUUGAUAAUUACAACAGAGACGACGAUGAUGGACGAACGAUUCCAAAGAUACCCCCUUACAACCAACCAAAAUACGUAAUUUCUAAUACAAUACCCUACGACUCGGCCCCCUUUUUUUCUUUACCUUUUUUUUUGCUGCUCUCGAUCGAUACCCCCUCAUACCAAAUUAAUACCGCCAAUUUACACCCGGCGCGGACUAAUACAGUACACCAAAAAACACUCACUGGCUUUACGACCAAAGUUUUUUUUUCCUUUUCCUUCCUGCCUUUUCGCCUUUUUUUGACAAUGCUUCUUGCUUUCUUUUUCUUUCUUUGAGCUUGCUCUUUUUCUCUGGUGGAAUUGGAAUUGUAUUUUUUGUUGCGUGGAAAAUCUUUGCAGUGGGGAUGGUGUGGUGUGAUUAAUGGACGGGCUUCUUUCUUCUCUUUCUUUUGCUUUCUCUUGCUUCUACUUACUUGGUUCUGUUGCUUUCUACCUUGUUCUGUUGAGACGCAGGUUCUUCAUACCCACUUUUGUUUUUCUUUCUUUCUUUGGAGCGAGGAGCGGGUCGUUGAUUGCGUUAUACCACUGUCGCUUGCUUUUUGCUUUGCUUUCUCUGAUUCUGAUGGGUCUGGACUUUGAGUAUAGGGAUUCAAGCAGGGGAGGGUGUAGGAAAGGGGGUUGAAAAGUUGAAGGGAAGUGGAAGGAAGGGGAUUUGUGUGCGUGCGUUGUACAUAGCUUCUUUUUCUUUUCUUCUUGAGCGGGAUUGGUGGAGUGGUGUGGAUGAGAUGAGGUGAGAGUGGAUCAUAGCGGAUGGAUGGUGGGUGAAGGAGGAAAGAGGGACAUUCUUGUGUGCUUGCUUGAUUGAGUUGAUUUGGUGCGGUUUGGUUUGGUGAUAUACCCCUGUUGCUGUUUGUUUGGUUGUUUCUUGUUUGUUUGUGUCGUUUUCUGGGGCGGAAGAAAGGAUUGUGGAUUGAUGGGUGUCAUAGGGUGUGAUAGGUUCUUUCUUCUUCUUCUUCUUCCUUCUUCUUCUUCUUUUAUCUAUCUAGAUAGAUAGAUUGAAAGAAAAGAUUGGUGGUUGGUUGAGUAGAUAGGUAGAUGAGCUCAUGAGUUGAGUGGAGUGGAGUGCAUAAUAGACCAGCUUUUACUUAUGAGUACGAGUAAGGAAUCUUU